GAGGACUCGGCCCCUCCCCUCGGUGUCAGCAAGUCUCGCCGGGGGAUUUAAAUAGGUGGGAGCCGGAGAAGCGCAGCAUGUUUGUGGACCGAUCGUCUUGUCUGCACCAUGCACGUGUGCCUGAGCCUCAUGUGCGUGGGUCCAGCCUUGCUCAUCCCGGUCCUGCUGAGCGCUGCUCACGGAUGGAAGGUGUUGACCAACGACGCGACGGAAAACGUGCCCGAGUACCAGGGGGGCAGACCGCGACAGGCGGAUGCGGCAGAGUCCUCCAACAACAGCACAAUAAACCGAGCGAAACACGGAGGGCGGGCGGAGGCGCCCAACACCGCCACUUACGGUACCUCCAACCUGAGCUGCCGAGAGCUUCGUUCGACGCGCUACAUCAUCGACGGGCCGUGCCGCAGCAGCAAGCCGCUCAAGGAGCUGAUCUGCUCCGGCCAGUGCCUUCCACCCCACCUGAUGCCCAACUCCAUCCUGCGAGGGAAGUGGUGGCGACAGCAGGCUUCGGACUACAGGUGUGUCCCCGCUCACUCCCGCACGCAGCGCUUCCACCUCCUGUGUCCCAACGAAGAGGUGCGGACUUAUAAAAUGCGAGUGGUGACAUCGUGCAAGUGCAAGCGCUACACCCGGCACCACAACCAAUCCGAGUUCAAGGAGUUGGACAAGACGCCCGCCAAGCGCCGGAGAAGCAAGGCCUCCCAGGCUGUACGGGCCAGAAGCCGAGGGCAUCGGCCCGAGUCCCAGAACGCCUAUUAAGGGGCAGCAGUUUAUUUGGAGGGUUGCUGAUAAAAGAGCGAAAAAAAAAAUAUAAAUGGGGCAACCACAACAAGAAAACUGCACCACGUGAAGUGAAACUGCGUGCCAACCCGGCUCAAGGGAACAGACUGACUCCUCGCCAUUACGCAUAACUUCUUACUUUGGAUACGCGGCUGCAGCUUUUAGUCUUUUGCGUGACAGCCUGAGGGUGACGGCCACUGGGCAAAGGGAAAGGGACGGAUGUGUCUGGAAUCUUCUGCUGUGGGCGCUCCUCCCACCAUCUUCACCCUUCACCCUUGGCCGGACAUGUGGAGACAUCGAGACGUUCAGGAGGGGCUGUGUGGAAAUACUGGAGACCCCUGUUGUUGGGGGGUGGGGGCUGGGUGGGCACAUUAGAAUUGCUAUUGUGUGAGGCCGACGCUAGGGGCAGGGAAUGGACUGCAAUGACACUUGAACCUGGCUGGGGUGUCUUCUGUGGGUGCCCCCCUGUGUUCUUGUGGGCAAACAUCUGCGGCCAUUUUGUUUUUUUGAUUCUAAUGAAGAAUUGGUGAGAAGUAUGGGGUGACCUUUUAUAGCGGAAAAUUCCAUCGAGGGUCAGGUCCUGUUUUAUUGCCAGUAACAAUGCCAUGGAAAAAGCGGGCGGUGGGUUUAGAAAGCAUAUGGAUGGACAUUAUGGAACAAACAAGAAAGGCAUCGAUAAUAACAUCCUCAGUCCUGGGCAAUGCAGUUCAGGAGCCACCGAAACGGCUGCCCCAAUGAUAUUCACGCCAUUCCUCAAAAGGGGGCACAUUCAAUGAACAUAAUUAGGCAGGAUGCAUGCGCUCUUCUCUUGGGGGCACACAGCGUGUCUCCCCCAAGCUGGCAUUGCAUUUCUUCUCACAGCCCGCAGUGCAUCCUUCCAGGUUCCUAUGGUGGUCUUGCACGCCAUUCCCACCAGGAGCGUGAGUGGGACAAUAGAGCAUUAG